AUGUCUGGCCAGCCUCGAGAGGGAGGUCAGGCCUCUGCUAAUGUCCCCAUUGAGUCCCCCGAUAUCAACGCAAUGUCCUCGGUACUGCAGAUUUACGCAGCCUUCGCUCAGCAGCGACCAAACCUGUCUCAUCCAGAGUUGAUGGAAUUGUCCAAGCUUCAGUUUGAAGCCAAUGAGAAACGACAAAGCACCUCAGUCACGGUACAGCGACGAGUCAAUAUCACUCAAGAGGGUUUUGAAUGGCCAAAGGAAGUUCGAAACGCCAUCGACAAGCUCUACAAGCUCACGACGAAGAAUUGGAAUGCUUGGAUCAUGGACUUCGAAGCCAUCUGGGAAGGAAUCCCACAAGUUCGCGACCUCCUCUUCGGUGACAUUGAUGAAGACCACCCAGAGUACGACUACCGAAUCGACCACAAGCUCGUCUCCGUCCUUAGACACGUGGCUGAGAAGGAAUCAACCGACAACAUUCUUCACAUCAUCAACAGGAGGAAGUGGGCGAGUGGCAAGGAACUCUUCGACUAUAUGCACGAAAUGUUGACCAAGAACGAAGCAGUAGUAGCCAGCACCGUUCUCCUCGACCUCAGUCGAGUACGAAUGACCAACAACGAAGUCUCCAAGGUCAUCCGUGAGAUUAGCAACAUUACUACCAGAGCGGCCUUGGUCGGCAUUGACAUUUCGGUACCUCAGCAAAUCACGCAGCUAUGCACCGCCACUUCCUACACUCAUGUCUACAAAGAUGUCUGGCAUACACUCGAAAGCGUCGGCAGCGUUGUCGACUAUGACGCUGUAUGUGCUGCUCUAAUCAGAAGGGAAGACCGACACAUGAACGAGUCGCAGGCGAGGGGGCCCCGAGCUGCUGCGUUGUCCGCAUCCGCUCAUCCUAAGAACGUCACAGAGAAGCCAGCCGAAGCCAGAAGCUCCAGGGUGUCGACCAAAGAGGAGGCUUACCUCUACGGCCGACGAGACCCCAGACGACCAGACGAACCUGCCAAGUGUUACACGUGCGGUAAGACCGGUCACAUUGCACGCAACUGCCCUGACGCGAAGAAGGAAGAGUCAAAGACGACUGAAAGUAACCGAGAGACCGCAGCCCUCACGAGCGAGGCCAACACGACAACCAAUUAG